GUAGGUAAUUUAGUCGUAAAUAGCGCGUUCGGCUGUUUGUUCGUGUGUCCUGUUCUUUUGUUGUGUUUACGCGGAGCGGUGUGUGAUGUGCGAACGUUUGUUGCACGCUGAUAUGAUCGUCCAUUUGUUUAGUGUUUGAUUUAUUCUUCGUUCGUUAUGUUUAGAUGGUUAUUUUUUCGCCUGGAUUUUUCGUGGUUUUCCGAUUUGUGAAUGCUUCGUAUUCUUAAACUAUGUUCAUAAUAUUUUUAACGAAAUUUUAUAUUUCUAUACUUAUCGAUCGUGUUAGUUAAAGUGUUCGACCUUUGGGUAUACAUCUUUUCUAUUCAUUCGACGGUUUCGACAUUUCUUCACAACCAGCCUGCUUGGCAUCUAGUCAGAUGAAUGCAUUUUGGAAAGUUCAACCAUUACCUAGUACUUUACAUCGUGAUUAUAUCGACUGUGAUGGUAUUAACCUAAUACAUCAUUUAUGAUUUCCUGUCAAUUAUCCGCUUCUGCAUCUUCGGUUAAUAUGUCCCGGGUUAGCCUGACUCGGCCCUCCAGUAGGACAAGGAUCAGGAAAAUCAGUAGGACUGAAAGCGAAUGCUCCGAAAGGAACGAAGAAUGUACUCGUCUUACCGGUAUGACCGACUCGACCGGGGCCAUGGAUGCGGGCCUCAGUCCACCACAGGAAGAAGAUACCUAUUCCUAUUGCGAAUACCAUGAUUUACCUCCGCCACCGGACGGCGGAUACGGUUGGGUCAUCGUAUUCGCCAGCUUUAUGUGUAACAUGAUCGUCGACGGUAUUGCAUACACGUUCGGCAUAUUCAUCGGUGAUCUCGUGGAUAAAUUCGGCGAAGGCAGAGGGAAGGUGGCGUGGAUCGGUAGUUUACUAUCUGGAAUGUAUCUCAGUGCUGGUCCGGUGGUGAGCGCUUUUUCAAACAAAUUCGGAUGUCGAGCAGCCUGCAUAUGCGGAAGUAUCAUCGGCACGGUAGCCUUCAUAUUGUCGAUAUUUUCAAAGAACUCCACCGUCAUGAUGAUAACUUAUGGCUUUAUGGGUGGUAUCGGAUUCGGAUUCAUAUAUUUACCGGCGGUGGUUGCGGUGAGUUACUAUUUCGAAACGAAACGUUCAUUGGCGACUGGAAUAGCGGUUUGCGGAUCUGGUUUUGGAACUUUCGCGUUCGCGCCGUUGGCUACGUAUUUGCUGGAGAAUUACGGAUGGCAAGGAGCGAACAUCAUUUUAGCCGGACUCAUUCUGAAUUGCGCGGUAUUCGGAGCCCUAAUGCGUCCGCUAGAAUAUCCCAAAGAAUCAAACUGCAAACCGUUGCUGCAACGAAUGGCCGACGAGAAACGCCUUCAAAUGGAACGAGGCUCGAUCGGCGGCUCCUAUUUUAUCGUACAAAUGCCAGAUGGCUCGAUGGAAAAACGCAUGAAACUGCCUUUGAACAUAGACCCGGGUGUACACUCGAGCUUCAACCUAGACCAGCUGGUACCCGGCACGCCAAUAACGCCAGUACCAACGAUGGCCGUACUGCCUACAAUUACCGAAGUCAAAGUACCCGAGCACAGCGGCUCCAGCAACAACUCCAGCAGCGGAGGUAGCGCCAACGACGUGAAAAUCGAAAAAGGCAAAAAGAAAAAAGACACUAUCAAAGAAGAGGCCGAAAGUCAGAAAAAUAGCAAAGUCGAUUUGAACGAGAAAAAAGACGACGACCAAGAACAAAAUGACGAAGACGAAAAAUCUCCGACGUCCGAUGGUAAAAGCGAAAAAGAAGACGACGAUGCGAAAACAUCCAAUAAAAAUAUCGCCGCCGGUGGCAAAGAUGUGGAAAAAAGCCCCGAUAUAAGGGUAACGAUGCUGCCGCGUAAUCAGUCACAGCCGGCGUUUACGACUCAUGUGCAAGGUAUACCGAAAAACGGAUCGGUGCCGUUUUUCGAUCGUAUACGAAAGACCAGCGCUAGCGAAAGAUUUAGACCGUCGUUGGGACCGAUCAAAGUUUCACGUCCGAAUGUCAAUUCGAACGGCGAUGUUAGGAAAUCCGUACAUUUAAGGUUAUCCAAUGCUUCCAUCGUCGGCAGCAAGAAUAAUAAUGCUGAAGAUAUGUGGUCGAAGACCGAUAUGGAUGCCGAAAGUGUUCGUUUCGCCACCUCACGCGGCAGCAUAAUCCAACGUAAAGAAAAAUCAGAAAUGGUCCGACCAAUGUCGCGGAAAGAUAUCUUCUAUUCGGGUAGCGUUAUGAAUUUACCCGAAUACCAGUCGCAGAAAUCGUUACAAAGUUAUCGCCAAAGUAUUAUGUCGAUACCGAAAUACAGUCGGGAGAGAUUGACGUCCGAAAAUGCGGAUACAGAGAAAGGAUCUUCCGAAGAUUGCUCUUGCGGAUUAUCAGAAUCGUUCAAAUCGGUAUUGGCGUCCAUGUUGGAUAUGUCUCUGCUGAGAGAUCCGGUGUUCAUGUUGAUCGGUGUUAGUAAUAUAUUCGGCAUGGCCGGAUUAUACGUACCGUUCGUAUAUCUAGUAGAAGCCGCCAAAAUGGAGAACAUCAGCGCAAAUCAAGCUUCGUUCUUGAUUUCCAUUAUCGGUAUUACGAAUACAUUCGGACGUGUGAUUUGCGGCUACAUUGCUGACCUACCUUGGGUAGAUUCUUUGUUCCUAAAUAACAUAUGUUUGCUGGUGAGCAGUAUUUCAGUGGCUGCGACGCCGUUCUGUCAUACGUACGCACAAUUUAUCAUUAUGGCCAUAUUCUUCGGUAUCGCAGUAUCCGGUUACAUUUCCUUAACGUCCAUCAUUCUGGUAGACCUUCUCGGUCUGGAUAAGCUUACCAACGCUUUCGGCCUACUUAUCCUAUUCCGCGGCGCUGCCGCCAUUGUCGGAUCACCUUUAGCCGGCGCCGUAUACGACGCUACUAAAUCGUACACGGUGCCAUUCUUGAUGGCCGGCGGAUUCUUCUUCAUAUCGGCCAUAACCAGUUUCAUGGCACCGGCUAUGAAACAAUGCGUAACACCCGAAACCCGGCCGCCCAUUUUGGAUAUCCUGACGCCGAUAGACGAAGACGACGAAGAAGAAGAAGACGACGAAAUCGGCGAUAAUAAUGGUAUGGUUAUACCUGAAAUAGUCGAAACGACUCCGUCACCGGUGCUACAUAAAGCGCCCCCUCAUCAAGAAAUUAAACAAAUCGAAUCCGUUCUUUAAAAAUAAUAUUUUAAUACCUAUAUUAUAUAAAUGUGUUUCGCUCCAUAUUUACCCCUGUCCCCGUCCCUUUCCCAUUUUGAUUUUAUGUGUCCCCCUGUUUCAUUACUCUUUUACCCUGUGCCCUGGCCCCAAUCUUCCCACCCCGCUCCCAUAUCCAAUUUCCUCUCGCCUUGUGUACUUAUAUAAUUUUGUUUUAUUUUAUUACUGAAUUUAAUGAUUUUUCUCCUUAUAUAUACUUUUUUUUUCUUUCUUUUUUUUGUUUGCGUUUAUAUGUAAUACACCAAGUAUUUUUAUGGAUUUUAAUUAUUCCAUAAGUUUAAUUAUGCAUAUAAGCGUACCAUUAGGUGUACUUAAUUAUUGAAAAAAAACAAUUUGUAUUACGCGAUUUUAAUUUUUUCCCCUUUUUUUUUGGAUUUUUUUUCGUCUGAAGUGAGAGCGUGUUUGAGUGUGCGCGCGUUAUAUUCUUAAGUAUAAAAUAUACCUAUAAGCGAAAAAAUGUAUUAUGUAUAGUAUAUACGAAGACGAUAUGUUGAACUUUUUAUUGCAAAAAGAUAAUGUAUAAAUUUU